AUAGGGGUCGUGCACCGUCCAAACAGGACGAUACAAAUUUGUCAGAGGGACGCGAUUUCGCCGAGGUUGUUUCACGAGGAAAAGUAGUUUCUACGUCUCACCACACAAAGCUUCUUACGGUUGUUUACGUUGAUGUUACCUCCAAAUGGUCAAGGAAAUAAAGCCAUUUCUGAUUGUUAUCAUCAUCCUCUCAGUUGUGUUACUAAUUGCAACAGCGAUUCAGUUGCAAUUAAUUCCUUCACUGCCAACGCUUGUACCAAUACAAGUACAAGAACAAUCAAGGACAGAAGCUGCCACCAACUGUUCUUCAGAAAAAUACGUUCUUUUUCUCAAAACACACAAAGCAGGUUCAAGCACAAUUUCGAACAUUUUCUUUCGUUAUGGCGAUUCUCGAGAUCUUUCCUUUGUUCUUGGCUCGGACACUCUUAUUGGAUGGCCGACGCGUUUCCGUAUUGGACAAGCUCUCGCUUUCGAUGGAACUCGGCCAAACUUUCUUUGCAGUCACACAAGAUUCAAUAAGAAAGCCAUGAACCAUUUGUUUCCAAAAGACGCCAGCAAAUAUGUGACAAUCGUCAGAAACCCGGUCAAACAGUUUGAGUCGAUUUUUAACUACAUGCAAAUCGGAACUGUGUUCGGUUUUGGGACAGAUCCAUCCGAAUCAUUGAAAGCCUUUCUAAAGAAUGGAAUAGGAUUUAAUAUCCUCAGAAAAAGCGGAAGUUCUGUUUUAGCCAGAAAUCCACAAAUGUUUGAUCUGGGUUUGGACUUCAAGUUUUAUCAGGAUGCCAAAGCCAUUAAAGAGUACAUUGAAUUCCUGGAGAAGGAGUUUGAUUUGGUUUUAAUCGCAGACUAUUUUGACGAAUCUGUGGUUCUUAUGAAGCGAUUACUAUGCUGGGAAUUGGAGGAUGUACUUUUUGUAAAAACAAACGAACGGCUUGACAAGGACAAAGCUGCUGAAAUAUCAAAUGAUACGGAAGAGAACAUAAAACGGUGGAACAAAGCUGACGUGUUGCUGUACGAACACUUUAACCAAACUCUUUGGCAAAGAAUCGAAAGGGAAGGAAAAGACUUUUACGAUGAUCUUACGAACUUUCGUCGAAUGAAACAGGAACUUAAAACUAAAUGUUUUGAAGACAAGCCAACUAAGCAGUUAAUGUAUGGCAACAAGUAUGCUAAAGGUUUGACUCUAAGAUCAGAUUUGUCUUCUGAUCUAAAACAAAAAUGUGAAAGAAUGACACGAACUGAAAAUAAUUAUCUGGCAUAUUUAAGGAACAAGCGAGUGGCAAAAUUAGUUGGUAUUCAUCACGCAGCACCAAAUGAGGAUGAUCAAGAAAAAGUUAGUUGGGACGCGGCGAGCGAUUAUAAAUAUUUUCCUGUAUGAAGUAGCCAAUUACAAGAGACUUUCAACGCAAGUUAUAUAUUUCGCAUAUUUUGCAGUGAAAUUAAAUUGUUUCUAUGGAUAUUUAAAAAACGCGAGAACACAUAAGGAUUAUUUGUGUGAGUCGGAUGUUUAAAUAUUCACAUUUACUAAUAGUACAUGACCUACAUCAUUCAUCCUAACAGGCACGUGCAAUUAUGCAUAACAAAAUUGCAAAUUGUACAAAAUAUCUUGUUUAGAGGGAGGACUCCUUGAAAAAAUUUUAUUUUCUUUCCGUGAUGCGUAAAACCAGUGGUAUAAAGUACCAUGAAAACCUAAGGAGGCAGGACUACUAGAUAUAAUUUUUUCAAUUUGAAUUAAAACGACAUGUAUGGAAAUUUGCAAAUGCUGCCUGGAAGGCAUGCUACGCCUUGUCCGGCACAAGGUGCUUACGAAUGCAUGUACAAAUAUAUAUGGAAGUGAAGUGCAUUGACAGAGUAAAAUUUAGAACGUAGACGUAAUUAGUUGGUAGGGGAAUUGAUUGUUCUGGAGAUAUCUGUCCGUCAUCCCCUGAUGUUUUUGCCGUGUGGCAAAGUUUAUUCCUUUUCCAACUAAAAAACUACGGGUUCCACUUGAAAUGUUUGUCGAUGACAGGUUUUCGUUAU